AUGGAGGCCCAAAUCCAGGCCCAGAUCCCUGGUCUGGACCGUGUCAUCUCGGAAUACUCGGUGGGAUACCUGACCCAUGCCUCCAACCAAUAUGUCGAAGAUGCGAACGCUCCGUCGCCGCUAGCCGAAGCCGCCGAGACCGUGACCGAACUGCUCAUCUCGGCCUCAGGAGAUUUCUCUUCGCAGAACCGUGACGCAAUCGCCAACCUCGUGGAAAAGUUCAUUACAACCCUAAGCUCGUCGAAUGGUGUCGACCCGGAGAGACAGCAGAUGCCCUUUGCGGCUAAGAAGCUCGACCACACUAUCAAUGUUGCUUCCCAGCGGAACAUGUCUUCGACUCUGGGUUUGACGGGUGGUAAUGUGGACCUAGAGUCUGCCAAUGCCCGCAAGGUCGAGUCCAAGGUCGACAAGAAGAAGCUGGAGAAGGCCGAGCGCAAGAUUCGUGCCAAGCAAGAGAAGAAGCAGAUGAAGAACGUGGAAUACGAGUCUUCUCGCUUGCUCAACCAGCCCGACGAGACUAUGAGUUAUGAGGAGUUCUUCAUGGCCGUCAACCCUCUGCAGCUCGGAUCCGACUCCCAGCACAAGAGUAAGGAUAUCAAGUUGGACAACAUCGAUAUCUCGAUUGGUGGUCUCCGUAUUCUUACGGAUGCUUCGUUUACUCUUGCGUACGGUCGCCGCUAUGGUCUUGUUGGUCAGAACGGUAUCGGUAAAUCUACUCUGCUGCGUGCUUUGAGUCGCCGAGAAGUCGCCGUUCCUACACACGUCUCGAUUCUUCACGUCGAGCAAGAAAUUACGGGUGAUGAUACCUCAGCAAUUCAAGCCGUCCUGGAUGCCGAUGUAUGGCGCAAGCAUCUUCUUGCAGAACAAGAUAAGAUCACGAAACAGCUGAACGCUAUUGAAGAAGAACGUUCGCAGCUGGCAGAUACAUCGAAGGAUGCUGCCAGGUUGGACAACGACCGAGAGGGUCUGGAUAUCACCCUCUCCGAUAUCCACGCUAAGCUUUCAGAAAUGGAAUCCGACAAGGCAGAGUCUCGGGCCGCCAGUAUCUUGGCUGGUCUUGGUUUCUCUCCCGAGCGCCAACAAUAUGCCACCAAGACGUUCUCCGGAGGUUGGCGAAUGCGUCUGGCCCUGGCCCGAGCCCUGUUCUGCGAACCUGAUCUUCUGCUUCUUGACGAGCCUUCUAACAUGUUGGAUGUUCCGUCUAUUACUUUCCUUGCCAACUAUCUUCAGGGUUACCCCAGUACUGUUCUGGUUGUUUCUCACGAUCGUGCAUUCCUGAACGAAGUUGCCACCGAUAUUGUCCACCAGCACUCCGAGCGAUUGGAUUACUACAAGGGUGCUAACUUCGAAUCCUUCUACGCCACCAAGGAGGAGCGGAGGAAGAUGGCCAAGCGCGAGUACGAGAAGCAGAUGGCCGAGAGGGCGCAUCUUCAGGCCUUCAUUGACAAAUUCCGUUAUAAUGCCGCCAAGUCCUCGGAAGCCCAAUCCAGAAUCAAGAAGCUGGAGCGUAUGCCGGUUCUUGAGGCUCCAGAGAGCGAGUACACAGUGCACUUUCAGUUCCCCGAGGUCGAGAAGCUGUCUCCGCCUAUUGUGCAAAUGUCCGAGGUUUGCUUCGGAUACACUAAGGAUAAGCCCCUCCUCAAGGAUGUCGACCUUGAUGUCCAACUGGACUCUCGUAUCGGUAUUGUCGGACCUAACGGUGCCGGUAAGACUACGGUGCUGAAGCUUCUCACCAACCAAUUAUCACCAACAAAGGGAUUGAUCUCCACCCACUCACGACUGCGCAUUGGAUUCUUCGCCCAACACCACGUGGAUGCUUUGGAUAUGAACGCCAGUGCCGUCACCUUCAUGGCCAAGACCUACCCCGGAAAGUCCGACGAGGAGUACCGUAGACACCUGGGCGCCUUCGGUAUCACCGGUAUGACCGGUCUUCAGAAGAUGGGCCUCCUUUCCGGAGGUCAAAAGUCCCGUGUUGCAUUCGCCUGCCUGUCCCUUACUAACCCGCACAUCCUGGUUCUUGACGAGCCUUCUAACCACCUGGAUAUCGAGGGUAUGGAUGCGCUUUCGGAAGCUCUGCAGCGUUUCGAGGGUGGUGUGGUCAUGGUCUCUCACGAUGUGACUAUGCUGCAGAACGUCUGCACCAGCCUCUGGGUCUGUGACAAGGGUACUGUGCACAAGUUCGACGGCGACGUCAAGGCCUAUAAGAAGAUGAUUACUGCUCAGGCUGAUGCGGCUGGUGUCGUGGCCAAGCACUAG